GGGGUUCUGCGGCGUGCGUUCUGCAGAUCACUAGGUAUUGAAGAGAUCUCCUUGUAGGCAAAGUUGCCCUGAAACUAUGGAGGGUGCAAAAACUGUGCUUGAUUUUCAAGAAUACUCUGACAAUGAGGUACAGAAACAACGAGUACUAACUCUGGAAGAAUGGCAGGAAAAGUGGGUGAACCGCAAUAUUGCAUUUCAUCAAGAACAAGGAAAUCAGCUAUUAAAGAAGCAUUUGGAUACUUUUCUUGACGGCAAGAAGGGACUGAGGGUAUUUUUUCCUCUUUGUGGAAAAGCAGUUGAGAUGAAAUGGUUUGCAGAUCGAGGACACAGUGUCGUUGGUGUGGAAAUCAGUGAACUUGCAAUACAGGAAUUUUUUACAGAGCAGAAUCUUUCUUACUCAGAAGAGCCAGUCGUGGAAAUUCCUGGAGCCAAGCUAUUCAAGAGUUCUUCAGGGAGCAUUUGGUUAUACUGUUGCAGCCUGUUUGAUCUUCCCAGAGCAAAUAUUGGCCAGCUUGACAGGAUUUGGGAUAGAGGAGCAUUAGUCGCCAUCAACCCAAGUGAUCACCAACGCUACUCAGAUAUAAUACUGUCCCUCAUGGGAAAAGAGGCUCACUACCUCUUGUCUGUUGUCUCUUAUGAUCCAACCAAACAUGCAGGUCCACCAUUUUAUGUUCCAGAGGCUGAAAUUCAAAAAUUGUUUGGCUCAACGUGCAAUAUUCGCUGUCUGGAGAAGGUUGAUAUUUUUGAAGAAAGAUAUAAACAAUGGGGGGUUGAUUACUUAUUUGAAAAGUUAUACCUACUUACAGAAAAGUGAGAUACAAGCAAGAAAGAGCAACAUGUAUUUGAGUGAUUUAACAUGUGCUAAAGAAUGAAAAUAUAAUGAAUGUCUUUUGGAAAAAGGUAUUCACCACGGAUCUUUGCUCAAAAGUGCAUAACUUUUUAGAAAAAUCACGUAUGAAAUGAUAAAGCUACCUUUGGAAAUGACAGGAUGAUGGGGUAUGGGAGAUUACACCUGUUUGAUUUAUUACUGAUUGUAAGAAUCCUUCAGAGUCACCUUGUAUUACUUGUAUAAUUAAAAAAUAAAAGAAGUGCAAUGUGUAUAAUAACAACCAAAAAGAUAACAGAUGUGGAGACAUUGACGUUUAGAACCAUUGAAGAUAUCGAACACUUUGACAAUGUUCAAGAUAAAAGAAAGUGGCCCAAGAAAUUAUAUUAACUACUAGCUUUGACGGUAAACCCUAUUCUAAAAUCCUGACCUCUUAACAUUUGCCUCCUUGUGAAAUUAUAUAUGGAACACAAUCAAGAAACAAGUGUAAAGAUUAAAUCAGUAGAGUAACCUAUGUAAAAUCAAAAAUGUUUUUCCCAAGUUGCAAAAAUAAAUUUUAAA